AUGAGAAAGAAAGAAGCGAGUAGAGUAGAUUACGGAAAAGAAUAUGGAUGGGUAAAGUAAUUAUAUGGGGGGUGAUAGGUAUAUUCAUAUUCGUAUGUAUGACGCAUGAAGCGUACAUGCGGCGAUCUAUCUAUCGAUAGGAUGAUUGACGGCAGUGUUGCCACAACGUGAAAUCGGUCGGAUAAGACCUUGAAUAGAGUCACAGCGAAAUAUUUUGACAAAAUUGGUGUAGUGUGUGCGUACAUGGUUCUAUGUGUGUGUGCGCGUGGUCGCUAGGAAUAUAUUGUAAUAUAUGUACGAAUACCUAUAUUUUGUCGAUAAAAACACGUACCUAUUAUAUUUAUUGAUGAUGUCUCUUGCCUAUCGUAAGAAGUUAUACUUCUCUUCUGCCUAUUUUACUCUUAUUAAUAUUCCAAUACGUAAAUAUUUAAAGCUAACCCUAAUCUUAUAUUUUCUGUUUGAAGUUCACAAGAAGUUCGUUGCUCGAAAUAUUAGGAGCAAGAUAUAAGGGGUUUAGGUAUCGAUGAAUCGUUGCAAUAUAUAUAUACAUCUCGUUAGGUACUCGAUAGACGUGUGAAUACUCUUUUGCCUUCGGCUCACAACGCGACAACCAGGUUUACAAACAAUGCUAGUGUCAGCGAGAAUUGUAUUUUCUCCACAGUCCUUUCUAAGCACAUAGACAAACGUCUCACGGAGGUGAACGGGUUAGAUUUUGGCAAUACGACCACAUCCGUUCUACAUCAUUCACAACUGAUUAACUAGAUGCGUAUAGCCGUCUACAUACCGGAUUGUUAUAUAUAUAUAUAUUUUCGAAAAAAUAAACACAGUAUAUGGUAAAACAAUAGUGACAACAAGCACAAUUACCAGGUAUAUUAGGAUAGGGAGAACUAAAUACAGCCGCCCACCUUCGGUAUCUGCAACUACUGUAGAGGUUGGGAAAAAAAUGUACGGUUUGAGUAAGUGAGCAAAAAAUGUUUGCUUCUGCUAGGCGAACAGCAAGAGAAGUCGUUUAAUUAGUAUUUAAGCCUUCCGCGGUUUUCCACUUCGCCACGGUAGCUACGUGGGCGCCUCUAUGUGAGCGACGUGCGUAAUUAAUAUUUUGAAUUAAUAUGUGCCGUAUUAAGGUGGCAACACUAUUUAAGAAAUGUUUAUGAUCAAACUGGUAAAUGUGCUGUGUAGCUUUGAUCGUUGAUUAUACAAGUAUUAAAUAUUCAAUAUAUUACACAACCAUUAUGUGUUUGUUUCCUCCCAUGAAGUCUACCAAAAAUACACGAUAAUAUUAUCACUAUCCUUGAAACUUUAAAUGGUGAUAGACUAACGACCAGUUUUGUCUGAGGUAAAAUACUAGACGAGGAAUUGAAAAGAGUGGGCACAAAAUCAGAACUAGAACUCAAGGUCACAACAAAGAUCAAAAGGCAUCUGCAACUGAAACAAAGGAACCUGAAAGGAGUGAGCUUGAUUUUACCGCUCAUGAGAAAAACAUCAACACCUGUAAGAACAGUAUGGUGUGGCUCAUUCACUCCAAAACAUCGGAUCACAUAACAAAUCAAAAAAAUAUAUUUAAUGGCUUGACUGAAGUAGAGAAAUCAAUUAUAAUAACAAUGGUGGAGGAAGGUGCACCAAUCUCAGCCAUACAUGUAGGAAAAAUAGUGUUAAUAUGA